AGUGCAGAGCAGCAGGUCUUAGCAGGAUGGCCAAUCCGGACCCCUACCUGCGUCAGCCGUGGCUCACAGUGCAUGGCAUCCCCAUGGUCAAUGCCUUCGCCCACAACUGGGAACGGGUUGACACCUUCCAGAGCCGCCCUGAGGACAUUGUAGUGGUCACCUUCCCCAAAUCUGGCACCACUUGGGUCAGCGAGAUUGUGGACAUGAUCCUGCAAGGCGGAGAUCCUGAGAAGUGCAAGCGGGACAUUAUCAGCAAGAGAGUGCCUAUGCUGGAGUUCUCUGCCCCUGGAAAGAUGGCAGCAGGAACAGACCUGCUGGCCACCAUGCCCUCACCCCGCAUGGUGAAGACUCAUCUGCCGGCAAAUAUCCUACCCAAAUCCUUCUGGGAAAACCGCUGCAAGAUGAUCUAUGUGGGGCGCAAUGCCAAGGACGUGGCUGUCUCCUACUACUACUUUGAUUUAAUGAACAAGUUGCUGCCACACCCAGGGACAUGGGCCCAGUACCUGGAGGAGUUCAUGGCUGGCAGAGGUGGGACAGGACAUUCCUGGGUGUGUGCAAGGGACCCUGCAGAGGGCUGGAUGAGCCAACUUUGA